UCGUUGACAUACUUUGACAGUAAAAGCAGAUCCAUCGAAGAAAGGGCAAAUCGCAAAUGUUUUGUUUGAGUAAGUUUUGUAAAAACAGUGCAAAUAUUCUGAUUUUCUCCUAGAGUUUCCUAAGAAAAUCAAUCUUUAUAUGUGGCAAACACCAAUGGCGCACAAUUCGGGUAGCGAGGAUCAACGUUUCGAUGUGUUCUACAACGAGGUAAAACAAAUUGAGAAACGCGACUCUGUUCUUACGUCCAAGCAACAGAUAGACCGGCUGCUGCGUCCUGGUGCCUCAUACUUUAAUUUGAAUCCCUUUGAAGUGCUACAACUUGAGCCAGAUACACCCAUCGAACAGAUUAAGAAGAAAUAUCGCAGCCUCUCGAUUCUGGUGCAUCCUGACAAAAAUCAGGACAAUAUAGAGCGUGCACAGCAAGCAUUCGAAGUUGUCAACAAAGCGUACAAAAUCCUUGAAAAUGAGCUCACCCGCAAGCGAUGUCUGGAGGUAUACGAAGAGGCGAAAGAUCGCACCGACAUGAUGAUCACAGAGAAGCGUAAAAAGCUUCGAAAAGAAGGGAAGUCAGAUUCCAUCCCAGAGGAUGAUUCCGCCAAGUACAAACACGCAGUGUACGUGAUGGUAAUGAAGCUGUUCGCUGAUAUGGAACGCCGCCGUCAGCAGCUCGAAGUUCGCGACCAGGAGGAAAGAAAGCGCAAACGCGAGCAGGAAAUCGAGGAGGAAGAACAACGUAACUAUCAGAAGGAGUGGCAGAAGAAUUUCGAGGAAUCUCGUCAGAAUCGGGUCAACAGUUGGCAAAACUUCCAAGCGAGCGCCUCGUCGUCAACCCCGCCAAUCCCGUCGACUUCGAGUGUAUCGGCGGCUGUGGCCAAACCUAAAAAAGCCAAGAAGGCCAAGUAUACAUCAUUCAACCCACCGAAAAUUAAGCCCGAAACUCGAUAAGUGUUGUUCCCCCGGGUCGACUAUUUUCUAUGCUAAGGCUUUUCAUUCCUUCUCUGAAGCGAACAUACACACGUACAUGCGAGACUUCCCUCUCUUCGGUUUGUUUCCAGCUGCUUUCGGGCCGCAUCCAUUUUUACGCAAACGUUACGAUAAAACGACGCAUUUUCUACAUCCGCAGUAAACCGUUGUUGCGGAAUAUCAACAAAACGAUGAAAAAAAAGAGAAGCCACAUUUCAACUCGAUAUCGGUAGGGACAACGGACAUGAAAUCUUCUGUAGGAACUUAUCGUAUGAUAGAUCGUGUAAAUCACAGAAUAAUCUGUAUGGAUGAAAUUUUAGAAUUAAUAAAAUUAAAAUGUAAACUA